CAAGGUGCCCAGUGGAGAAGGGAAGAAUGACCCUCACUGAUACCAAGAAAUAGACAGAGGAAUGUAAGGGUGACUGGUCUUAAAUGUCACUCAUUUAAGCCCAUCUGGGGACCUAGUCUUAGGGCAGAGAUUCCCUGGGAAUUAGGGUCAACCCAGUGGCCUGCCAGUCUGACCCCAAGGUUGUGCACACUGGGUUCUAGGUGAAGGCACCUGAUGAGAAACACCUGUGGGAACAGAAACCUUUCACAAGUUUAUGCCCUGCUGGGAGCUUUAGUAAUUCUAAGCACAAAUCACUGCUUACCUAGCUGAAGGGAUAGACUUGGGGAAGUGCCUUGGGGAAUCCCUGUCCCUGGCCAGAAGGGUUUGGUGCCCUUCAACAUACUGAAAAGUUUGUCAAGGUACAAAGUGGGCUCCCUGGCCUCUGGAAUCUUUGGUAACUGAAAUGUCCAGGACGUCAACUGUUGUGCCCACUUUCCUCUUCAGCAACUCCAUGCCAGCUCUGAGCACUGGUGGUCCAGUCCUGCUGAGGGUAUGCAGCCAAACGGUAGGAACAGGCUGGAAGUUGUUGCUUUGUCUAUGAGAACAAAGACGGCUGCACCUUAAGCAUGUGCGCAGGCGGCCUGCAGUCUAUGACCCCGGGCUGUCAGAUUCUUGCGGCGUGGGUCUUUGUUGCUUACUGACUAAACUGGCUGCCGCUUGUCAUGGUCUUGGGCUUCACCAAGACACGGAUGACUGGCAUCCCCAUCUUCUAUCCCCAGGGCAGACGUCAUCCUUACUGAUUGCAGGAGGGAGUACCAAACUGUCAGCGUCUAUCAGGAUAAGCAGAAUGGACUUAAACGCAGUUCCUAACUUUACAUGAAGAGACCAAGAAGGGGACUGACGGUUGCGCCGUCUGGCCGGUCCUGGAAUCCCUCUCCAGGGCAACACAGGGAAGUAGCUGACUGAGGUGCACGGCCUCCUCGGGUCGGUUCCACCCAUAAGCUGGGUCUGGCCCCGCCUUUUCCGGGUUACGGAGAACGCCCUGACGCCACAUCCGGUCCGGCCCCCCCGGUCCGGCCCCCGACCCGGAAGCGGUGCCCUGGGUCACUCCUCCCACCGGGUGACUGGUUGUUGGGCUCACUGUGCAACUGCUGCGCGGCUAGGAAUCCUCCGAUGCAUGGACGGCACGUGUGAGGGAAGGCCCGCUGAGGAUGGGAGCGACGAGGACCCCGACUCCACGGAAGCCCCAGCUCGGAGCCGGGACACUCCGGAAGACAUCGUGCUGGAAGCUCCGGCCAGUGGGUUAGCGUUCCACCCGGCCCGCGAUCUCCUGGCAGCGGGGGACGUGGACGGGGAUGUGUUCGUCUUUUCCUACUCCUGCCAAGAGGGAGAAACCAAGGAGCUCUGGUCCUCAGGUCACCACCUCAAGUCCUGCCGAGCCGUUGUCUUCUCUGAAGAUGGGCAGAAACUUGUUACUGUCUCCAAGGACAAAGCCAUCCACAUUCUAGAUGUGGAGCAGGGCCGACUGGAAAGACGCAUUUCCAAGGCUCAUGGUGCCCCCAUCAACAGCCUGCUGCUGGUGGAUGAGAAUGUUCUGGCCACUGGGGAUGACACAGGUGGCAUCCGCCUAUGGGACCAGCGGAAGGAGGGCCCCUUAAUGGAUAUGCGGCAGCAUGAGGAGUAUAUCGCUGACAUGGCUCUGGACCCAGCGAAGAAGCUGCUGCUGACAGCCAGUGGAGAUGGCUGCCUUGGUGUCUUCAACAUCAAGCGACGCCGGUUCGAGUUGCUCUCAGAGCCACAGUCUGGAGACCUGACCUCUGUCACACUCAUGAAAUGUGGGAAGAAGGUGGCCUGUGGCUCCAGCGAAGGUACCAUCUACCUAUUCAACUGGAAUGGUUUUGGGGCCACAAGUGACCGCUUUGCCUUGAGAGCUGAGUCCAUCGACUGUAUGGUUCCGGUGACUGAGAGUCUGCUGUGUACCGGCUCUACUGAUGGAAUCAUCAGGGCUGUCAAUAUCCUGCCAAACCGAGUGGUAGGCAGUGUGGGCCAGCAUGCCGGGGAGCCUGUGGAGAAGCUGGCCCUCUCCCACUGUGGCCGCUUCCUGGCCAGCAGUGGCCAUGACCAGCGUCUCAAGUUUUGGGACAUGGCCCAGCUGCGGGCUGUGGUGGUGGAUGACUACCGUCGCCGCAAAAAAAAAGGAGGGCCCCUUCGAGCACUGAGCAGCAAGGCCUGGAGCACUGAUGACUUCUUUGCAGGACUGAGGGAGGAGGGAGUGGACUCCACAGUUCGGGAGGAAGAGAAGGAGAGUGAGGACGACAGUGACUGAGGGGAUGACUGAACCUCAGGAUUGGUUCUCAGUGGGCAAGAGUCUUACUUCCUGGGCUGGAUUCCCCAGAGAGGCUGGGAAUUUAAAAUACCCUAUUGUGCACGAAAGAUGCACAGAGGGUCAGGACUCAGCAACAGAUGUGGGGAAGUACUUGCCCUGUAGCAGCUGUUCACUCCACCAGUGUUGAGAUAAACCCACAGCUGGGGUAAGACAGCACGGACACAGGUGUACACCAACCAGGGGUUUAAUAUAAAUACAACCAGCAUAGAAAAAGUCAAAACUACACAUACACCAAAACCAGAAUGCCAAGUGGUGGGGGCAAAGGCACAUUUCUGACCUUUUGGCUUAGCCAGCCUUCAAAUAAAAACAUCAACAAAGACAAAUCAAGAAAA